ACGGAAACGCGAAAAAUCAUCCUGUCCCUCGGGAAGGUCCGCAAGGUCACCCCGAACGGGAAGGAGCUCAUCAAGAACAUCAACCUCGGGAUGUACCUCGGCGCGAAGAUCGGCAUUCUCGGCGCGAACGGCGCGGGUAAGUCCACGCUCAUGAAGAUCCUCGCCGGCGUGGACAAAGAUUUCGACGGGACGCUGCACCUCGACGACGGGAUCAAGGUAGGGUAUCUCCCCCAGGAGCCCCCGCUCGACGACGGCGAGACCGUCAUGGAAAACAUCGAAGUCGGCGUCGCCGCGGUGAAGGCGGACAUCGACGAGUACAACCAAGUCUCCCUGGACAUGGCGGACCCGGACUGCGACAUGGACAAGCUCCUCGCGCGCAUGGACGCGUUGCAGACGAAACUGGACGCGUCCAACGCGUGGGAGAUCGACCGCACCGUCGAGCGCGCGAUGGACGCGCUGCGAUGCCCUCCAGGGGACGCUAAGGUUGCGAACUUAUCCGGGGGCGAGCGACGACGCGUCGCGAUCUGCCGCCUCCUUCUCGCGCAGCCGGACAUUCUCCUCUUGGACGAGCCGACGAACCACCUCGACGCGCAGUCCGUCGCGUGGCUCGAGCAGUUCCUCGCGACGUUCCCCGGCACCGUCGUCGCCAUCACGCACGACCGGUACUUCCUCGAUAACGUCGCCGGGUGGAUCCUAGAGCUCGACCGCGGCGAGGGGAUCCCGUUCGAAGGGAACUACUCGUCGUGGCUGGACAGCAAGUCGAAGCGCCUGGAGCAAGAGGGGAAGAAGCAAGACUCGCUCGCGAGGACGAUCAACCAGGAGCUCGAUUGGGUGCGUUCGAACGCCAAGGGGCAGCAGAAGAAGGGCAAGGCGCGCCUGCGAAGGUACGAAGACCUGUGCGAGGAAGCGAGCAAGUUCUCCGCGCGCGCGGACCUCGACUCGAUCACGAUUCCCGCGGCGCCUCGCUUGGGCGGCACCGUGAUCAACGUCGAGAACGUCUCCAAGGGGUACGAAGGCAGAGGGCUCCUCAUCGACGGUCUGGAUUGCAUGAUCCCCCCCGGCGCGGUCGUCGGCAUCGUGGGCGCGAACGGCGCGGGGAAGACGACGUUGUUUAAGAUGAUCACCGGCGUGGACGAGCCGGACGCCGGAAACGUCGUCGUAGGCGAAACCGUGAAGCUGAUGUACGUGGACCAGUCUCGAGAUUCGCUCGAUAACGGCAAGUCCGUGUUCGAGGAGCUCACCGGCGGCGCGGAGGAGGUUUCUUUGGGCACGCGCACGGUGAACUCGAGGGCGUACUGCUCGUGGUACAACUUCAAGUCUUCGGACCAGCAGAAGAAGGUGGGCGACUUAUCCGGCGGGGAGCGGAACCGUCUGCAGCUCGCGAAGACGCUCACCGCGGGCGGGAACGUGUUGAUGCUCGACGAGCCCACGAACGACCUCGACGUCACGACCCUCCGCGCGCUCGAGGAGGCGCUGCUGUCGUGGAACGGCGUCGCGCUCGUCAUCUCGCACGACCGGUGGUUCCUCAACAAGAUCGCGACGCACAUUCUCGCGUACGAGGGCGACAGCGUCGUGACGUUCUUCCAAGGGUCGUACGACGAGUACGAGGCGCACAGGAAGGAGAGGAUGGGCGGGAACGAGCCGACGCGGAUCAAGUACAAGCCGAUGCCGUCGUUCGCGUGAUGAGAGAGAGAAGCGCCACCGGGGACUCGUGCGCGCGUCUCAUCAACCAGUAUUAGCUAAAGCCUGAAAAUGAAAGUUUGAACCUG